AUGCUGCACUAGGGGACGCUGUGUGUUUUUUUGUUUUUGAAUGUUAUACCUAUGCUGAGUAAAACGGGUCAAGAGGCUGUUUCCCGUUUCACCCACAUACUGGAUCUUACAGAUUUGGCAUGUUAUCAAAUAAACACAAUUUUUUGAUUUAGGGUGUCCUGAUCGGUCUGAUUUGAAAAUUGUGUUGUUAAAUCUGUUCCUAACCCAGUGCAGCUGUUUGAAGAAUCCACCCUGACCUCUGGCCUUUGGUGUCUUUAGAGGCCUUACCUCAGCACGGACGAGGAAAUCCCUCAGGUUUUUAUUUCUUUUGUAGGCCGCAAUUAUCCUGUGGUUUGGUAGCAAGGAUGUGUCAGAUUGGAAUUUGGUGAAAUUCUGUUUGACACCAUGAACAAAGCGUCCUGCUGAAGAGGAGAAUUGAGUGAUCAGGGGGAUCAUCGGUGAUGAAUCGGGGGGUCUGGAGUCUAGGAAGUUCUUCCUGCAUGCUCUCAGGAAGGAUCUGGAAUAUCCUCUCUUAUAAAGCGCUGAAAAGAGCGUCCCAGCUGCCUCCUCAAAGUCUGAUUUUUGUGUGCAAAUUCUGUGAAAUCGGAGGAGCUGGGAUUUAAUAAGGCCCGCAUAUGUGUGUUUUGGAUGGUAACUGGUUUUGAAUAAAAGAGCAUGUGUGUCUGUGGGUUUAAAGAAAACCUUUAAAUCUAAUUUAUGUGUUGUAUCAAAUUGUUCUCCUUUGUAGGUGGUGGUGUCCAGGAAAUCAACCGCUUUAACGCUGGUGGUGGACUUAACCUUGAUGGAUGGAUUGUUCCUUAUGGAUCUUAGGGAGCAGAUAGAACCUCCUUGCCCUGGGUUCAGAGGAGCCACGCAGGUCCUGGGAAAUCAAUUUCUCCACCUCAGGGGGGAGAGAGCCCAUUGGAGGAGACCAGUCUGACUCCGGCAUAAAAGGUCAUACCUCAUCAACGUUUUGAUUUUAUCCCUGUUAUUGUUCGCCUGGGUGGGAAUAAAGGUUAAACCCCUGUUUAAGAGGGAACACUGUGCAUCACUCAAAGCAAAGGUUUUAGAGAGGUUACACACAUUCUUAUUUACAAUAUUAGAGUGCCCCUCCUGCCUUUGCAGGCUCUUGGGGCCAUCUAAUUUAACCACUCACUCCAGUGCUUCUUGAUACGAGACGCCGUGGCCUUGGACCAGUGGACGUUGUCACCCGUCACUGUGAAGGCCCUCUUCUCCAGCGCAGGGAUGUGGUGGCUGCGCUGUGAAAUGCGGCUGUUCAGCCGCCUUUUUGUCCCGCUGGGCCCUGUGGUUGAUGCCCAGGGACAGGAUGAGUCGUUCAACGUGCUCAGCCACCGGUGUCCUCUGCAGCAGGUUAAGAGACCAGUCCCGGGUUUUAUUCAGGGUCACAAUAUGUUUGGCUGCAGCCAUUACCUGGGCAUCCGAUGGAGCAGAGGUCUCACCGUUGGAGGAACACGCAGCUGGGACCGGGAUCCGCAUCCUGGAGCCAAAGAGCUGGAGGCCUGCGAUUGUGCAGGGGAGGCUGUGGCUGCCUCUGUAGCCCCCCGGCUGCUCAACUCCCCCUGGCGGACAUCAGAGGUGCUGCAGAGGUCCCCGUCAGCUGUGGGGGACGCUGUCGUCCCAAGAGGAAGAGGAGGAAGAGGAGGAGCCGUCUGCGGCGUCCCCGGAGCAGGGCAGGCCCUCCUGCAUGAGCUGCAGGAUCGCUGCUGGCGCUGAGGAAGAGGAGGGGGUGCUGUCCC